AUGGAAAAUUUUGAAGAGCUCAAAAGAGCAGUGGAGAUUGUAGAAUUAAAAGAUGCUCGUGCCCACAACAUUGUGGCGCUCGACUCCACUGUCCCUUUCCUCAGCUGCUUCUCUCAAGUCAUAGGCGACACUUUAUGUGAUUCACUUCAACCCAUCGACUUCAAGAGAGGCCUAAAUGAAAUUUGUGAACUGUAUGGCUCAAGCUUAUCCUUGGAUGCUGUUGAAGAAUCUUGUCGACGCUUUGGGUUGGAGGCGAGUGCUGCUAUUUGCUUCAAAGCUGCAAGAAUUGUUAUCUUACUUAUUGACGACGGAAUUAAGUUGAACAAAAAGCUUGACAUCCAAUGGCACGAAACUCUGGUACCAACAGUUGGUAGAAUACUACAAGUUGAGCAUGUAGCCGAAAAGAUUCUUGAGAAGGGUCCAAAUGGAACGUUGUGGACACUGGGUUCAUUCAUGGAGGCUUUCACUAAGGAAUUGAAGUCAGAAGCUGAGAAAGUUGUUGCCUUUAAAAGUAUUGUUGCACAUCAUAAUGGACUUUCCGUUAAUACUGAAGUCACUCAAAAGGAGGCUGAGGAGAGCCUGAACGACGUUUUAUGUGCUAGGAAGCCAAUCAGAAUCUCAAACAAGAGCUUUGUUGAUUAUAUCUUCAUGCAUGCUUUGGAGGUGGCUCAAAAUUUUGACUUGCCAAUGCAGAUAGACACAGAUUUUGGGGACAAGGAUUUGGAUCUGAGGCCAGCCAAUCCCCUUAAUCUUCGCAAUCUUCUCGAGGAUAAGAGAUUCACUAAUAAUCGAAUAGUGCUUUUACAUGCAUCAUUCCCCUUCAUAAAGGAAGCUUCAUAUCUUGCUUCCGUGUACCCUCAAGUCUAUCUUGAUUUUGGGUUGGCAAUACCUAAACUUAGCUUCCAAGCGAUGGUAUCCUCACUGAAAGAAAUUCUAGAGCUCGCUCCAAUGAAUAAGGUCAUGAACAACACGGGUGGCAUCGCAUUUGCUGAAAGAUUUUAUUUAGGUGCGAAGAAAGCACGUGAAGUGGUGUUCAAAGUUCUAUGGGAUGCAUGCAUCGAUGGUGAUCUUUCAAUUACAGAAGCUCUUGCAGCUGUCAAUGAUAUAUUUGCCCAAAAUGCAAAGCAAUUCUACAAGCUUGAUGCUUCUUCAAGAUAUUCCGAUGUAGAAUCUCAGUCUUUAUCAUCUUCCCAAAAGGAAGAGUUAAAUGGCCCAUUGACGGAUGUUAAACUUGUUCGCCUUAUGUGGUUAGAUUUCUCUGCGCAACAUAGAUGUCGUGUUGUUCUGCAACAUCGCUUCUACAGUUCUGUGAAAAAUCAUGGUCUUGGCUUAACUGUUGAAUGUAUACGAUUGAGUUCAACAUCUGAUAAUCUCUCCGAGGAACAUUCGCUCCCUCCCUCGGGUGAGGUCAGAGUUGUUCCGGACUUAUCAACCAAAUGCAGACUCCCCUGGGCAAGAAACCAGGAAAUGGUCUUGGUUGACAUGUUAACUGAACCUGGUAAAGCAUGGCAAUAUUGUCCAAGAGAUGUGCUUCGUAGAUUCUCUAAGAUGUUAGAAGACGAAUUCGGCUUGGAAAGUUUCCCUGAUAUUUUAUAUUUGGAGUUUCUCUUCAAUGAUAUAUCUGUGUUUGGAGUUUCUAAUCUGACCUCUUACUGCUCUACAGCAGCAAUAGAUAUUGCAUCAUCAGUGCUUGAAGAGGCUGUCGCUUCUUUGCAGUGCUUGAACAUUAUAGUCGAACAGGAGGAGAGCAGUAAGGAGGAAGAGGUGAAUCUACCUAGUUCCAUUACUGGACUUCUUGAUGACACUUUCAUAGGGGAAAGUGAAAUUGGAGAAAGAAUUCAGGGGGAGACUAUUGGGCGUUUGGAUAGGCCUGAUUUGAAAACUUACUCAAGGAGAAAUAAAGCAGAAGAAGCCAUCAUGCAAUCUAGCGAAGCUGAACCUUCUUCUACUGAAAACGAGUCAGAUCUUGCACCACCAAACAUCCUUUAUCUAACUUUGUCUCCUACAAUUCUGUCUCCUUCCUAUAGAGCCUUUGCCUUGUAUAUUUCUUCUGUGUCUAUUCCCCAGAAUUGGAGGAAAGCUUUUGCAGAUCCUAAAUGGAAGCAAGGAUUCACUCAGACUUAUGGAGUGGAUUAUCAAGAGACAUUUGCUCCUGUUGCUAAGAUGAACACUAUUAAAAUUCUUUUAUCUUGUGCAGCUAAUCUUGAUUCGGACUUGCAACAGUUUGAUGUAAAGAAUACAUUUCUUCACGGAGACUUAGAAGAAGAGGUGUAUAUGGAGAUUCCUCCUGGAUUUGAUACUGCACAGAGUCAAGGAAAGCUAUGCAGAUUGAAGAAAGCCUUAUAUAUACUGAAGCAAACACCCGGAGCUUGGUUUGAUAGAUUCAACAAAGCAAUGAUCUCCUUCGGUUACCAACAAAACAAUGCUGAUCACACCCUCUUCAUAAGACAUCAAACGGGUAAAUUCACUCAUCUCAUAGUUUAUGUUGAUGACAUAGUUAUGACAAGAGAUGACAAAGAGGAGAUGACCCGAUUGAAGAAGUUGUUGGCACAUGAAUUUAAGAUAAGGAUCUAG